AUGGCGCCCGUCAAGUCCACCAUCAUCACAGUUGUUGUGGCCUUCGCUGCCAUCACUUCUGCCCAUCCCCCACCCACCGCCCCCAUCAAAACCAUGACCAAGGAUACCGCUGGUGCAGCGGGAGGCAGCCACUAUGGUGCUCGUAAUUCUAUCGAUCAGCACUCGCCUAUCCAUUUCACCAUGGCCAAAACCGUGAUCCCAGGCCAGUCACGCGUGCCGUCGCUUUCCAUCCUGGCAGAUAAGCCCCUGGAGGAAGAUCUGCAAGAUGGCGCCCCGUCGCCACAGCCCGGCGAGGACUUCUAUUGCCAUACCACUCAGAGUAGCGCGAACCUCACCGACGUCAAUGAUGCCGUGGCCUUCUUCUCUGCCUUGGACAAGCAAGCAUGCCAGAACAAGCCGGACAAGUGUUUGAACAUGCUCAGCCUCCCCGGAGGAAACAAGGUCGACAUUCGAGUUUGGACGUGUGGUCCUUCUGAGGACUCCACCGAGUGCUCCAAUAUCGCUCCACUCCUGACAAACUUGAUCAACAUCUGCUCCAAGGAUUUCACAACGACUGAUUCAGACGGCAAUACAACCACUGUCACUCGUGUUGGUGGUGUGACCUGGCUCAGCCCUGCCAAGAAUGCCUGGAUAUCGCUCGAGGGAAAGCAUCGUGACUGA